GGUUAUAUUAUUGCAGAAAGACUGUCUCAGUGUCCAUGGCAUCCUCCUUGACAACAGAGGCCACUAACAAACAAAUUAGCUUGAAGCUUCUUGUAGACACAAAAGCUCGGAGAGUUGUAUUUGCUGAAGCAGGAAAAGACUUUGUUGAUUUUCUGUUAACUUAUCACACUUGCCUGUUGGCGUUGUGAUGAGGCUUCUUGCCAACCAGCGCGUGGAGGGCGGGCUUGCAAACAUCUACAAGAGCAUUGAAGAUUAUGGUGACAAGAUCAUGCAUCCAUCACGAAACAAGGAUGACUUGAUAAAGCCAAAGGUUGUGACCAUUAACACAACUGAUCCUCAAGAAUUGUUAGAUAUUCAGACUACAUCUUAUGCGUUUUUCAAUUCUUACAGUUGCCGUUUGAUGUUUCAGGCCAUGCGAAUUGCUUCACCCCCUAUAUUAGUUGAGCCAUCCGAGAAAUCUCUUUCGGAUGAUGGUGGUUAUGUAAGAGGCAAGCUUACAUACAUGGUCAUGGAUGACCUGUCUCUGAGGCCUAAUUCAGCUGUUUUUGGUAUUGCUAUGCUUAACAGACUUGACAUAAAGAAUACCGUUACUGUUAAAACUAGGGAGGUUUGUCUAGGCACAAACGAGGCUUUCAAAUUGCUCAAGGCAUCGUUGUAUUCCAAGACUGUUUACUGAUGUGGUCCUUGGUAGCCAGGAUGAAAGAAUAAGUUACCGGGGUGUCGUGUGUCAUCUAUUUAUGUUAUUGCUUGGUUUUGUUCAUUUUAUGUCCCUUUGGUGCUAAUUAGAGAAGUACAUCUGAUGUUUUGAACAACAACUUGUUGGUUAGAGUGGAAGGAAAUUGGUUUUCCUUAAGUAACGUUUCGAGUUCGAGUCUUGUGAAUGGAGAAAAUGGAGAAAUAACUGUUGAGAGAGUUU